GUGUCAACACUGCAUUUCAAAGGACAGGCGGUGGAAACUAUUUAGAAGGUGGAGCAGUUUCAACAUGAACUCCUUGCUGAUUGGACAACCUUUUCCCCGCUUGAGAUAGCCAAUCAUCGAGCAGCAAACGUAUGUAUAAAGUGAACCGUCCCGGAACGCUAACAGUCAUCGAACUAUUCGAGACAGAGAAAGUUUGCUUGAACUUUAUCUUCAAAUCAAGUUUAAAAUUAUAAAAUGUCUGGUCGUGGAAAGUCCGGAAAGGCAAGGGCGAAGGCCAAGACUCGUUCGUCCCGUGCUGGGCUGCAGUUCCCAGUUGGUCGGGUUCACAGGCUUCUCCGCAAAGGCAACUACGCCGAGCGUAUCGGCGCCGGCGCUCCGGUCUACCUGGCGGCCGUGCUCGAGUACUUGACAGCUGAGAUCUUGGAGCUGGCCGGAAACGCUGCUCGCGACAACAAGAAGACCAGAAUCAUCCCUCGCCAUUUGCAGCUGGCCGUCCGCAACGACGAGGAGCUCAACAAACUUCUGGGCGGUGUCACCAUCGCUCAGGGCGGCGUGUUGCCCAACAUCCAGGCGGUUCUGCUGCCCAAGAAGACCGAGAAGGCCAUCAAGCCCAAUACUCCGAGGAAAAGAUUCUCUUUCCUGAAGACUUCCAUUUACAUGAAAAAAUGUCAGGUUACGGAGGCAGCAGAUCAAGUACAGAAGCCCAGAUUCCCUCCUCCCCAGCCACUUCACCCAACUCUUCCGAGGAUGAAUCCUGAGGUGUUCCCAGGUCGGCUGGGGGAUGUAACCUCUCCAGUGUUUCCUGGAUUGUCCCCGGCCGGGUUCUCCUUCCUCCGGGAUGUGCCCGGAACACCUCACCAGGGACCGGAUACCCGAGCCACCUCAUCUUACUCUUCUCUAAGGGAGAGCCCGGACACCUUUCGGAGGAAACUCAUUUCGGCCGCUCGUAUCCACGAUCUUUUUCUUUUGGUCACGAUCCCCAGAUCCCCAGAUCGUGACCAUAGCUGAGAGUAGGAACGUAGACCGACUGGUAAAUUUAGAGCUUCUGAGACUGUCUGACUGAUGCUCAUUGCACUUUUCUUGUCUUACAUAUUUUCUUGUGCAAAACAUUAAAUUGUCAGGGGGGGGGGGAAGAAAAAGUUUUUGUUUGUUUGCAAUGUUAGUCCAGUAACUUUUACAAAACUAUGAAACUGUACCUCAAAUUUGGAGUCGACUCACUGCAAUCAAACACUGUACGUCUUUAAUCUCUUCUAAUAUAGUCAAAUUUUUUUUUAAAUGUGAAA